AUGGAGCUUGACCGAGCAGACGAGGAGGCGCUGCUGGAUAAGGAUCCACAGCAGGGUCUUGCAGGGAAACGCAGUCAGCACCAGAACUGGCUCUUUGCCAUCGCCUUUGCCGCCAACUGUGGCAUCGUGAGCUUCAUCGCGUUCUGCUACGGGUUUCCAAACGUGUCAAGCAUCUACUUUACCGUGCACCACAAGGACGAUUCGUCGCAUGGUCUCAAGAUUUUUCUCAUCUUCCUGGCGACGUCCUGCAUUGGCGGUGGCGUCUCGGCGCUGUGGCUGCAGGUGCUGCAGAGUCAAACUGAACGGGUGAUAUCCUGGACCUUCAAAAGCAGCAUUGUUGCUUUCGUUGCAGCGUCAUUCGUAGCCUUUUACGAUUCGGGCAUGGCCGGCAAGGCUAUUGGUUUUCUCAACCUGUUCUUCGCCUUCAUGAUCAUCUCUUUCUACGCCUCUGUCAAGCGCUCGAUUGCCUUUGCAGCAUCCAAUUUGACAGCUGCUUCUCGUAUAUUAAGGGUGUUUUCGGGCGUGAUUACGUCGGCGUACAUUGCUUUAUUGGCACAGGGAGUAUGGGUCAUCAUCUGGGGUGCAGCCGUCAUGGGUGUUCUUGCUAAGGCAGUUGAAAACCUACACGACUUGAGCUCGUUUGGCAACACAUGCUUCUUCUUCCUUCUUCUGAGCUUUUACUGGUUUAUGCAGGUUGCCAAGAAUACGGUGCACUGCAUUGCUGCUGGUGCUGUUGGCGAGUGGUGGCACGCCUGUCACGAUGUGAACACAGUUCAGCGGGCGCAAACUCGUGCGCUUACAACGUCUCUCGGCUCGAUUUGUGUUGGGUCUUUGGUGGUCGCUGCGCUGAGUGCAUUACACACGCUUCUGCUAUCGUCCCCACGUCGAAAGGCCAGGGGUAGUGCCAACGCAUGUCUAGAGUUCCUGGUAAAGUUGGUCGUACGCAAUAUGCAGUACUUCAACAAGUACGCAUUCUGCCAAGUAGCUUUGCACGGAAAAGACUUUUGGACUGCUGGAACGGACACGAUGCAUCUUUUCCGGGACCGUGGUUGGACAGCACUACUGAACGAUUCACUUAUAUCAAGUGUUCUUGCUAUAGGUUGCCUGGCUGUCGGCACCGUGUCUGGAGUCGUGGGCUCGGUAUGGAUACAUGUAGCGCUGCGCUGCACACCGGACGAACUAGCCGAGCACCCGAAUGAGUGUCAGACUUUCAACAUUAUAGGCCUGACCUUUGUGGCAUGUGCUUCGAUUGGUUUUACCAUGUGCAUGACCAUGUCUUCCGUUCUGGACUCCAUCGUCGCGACAAUCUUCGUUUGCUUUGCCGAGGAUCCUGCCGCACUGCGUUGUUCACAUCCAGAGGAGCACGCGCGUCUCGUCGAAGCGUGGGGUCGCCUGCAGCCAGACUUGCUGAGCUUCCCGACUCACAUGGUGUGA